UGGUUGCUCUUUGAUCAGUCUGAAUCUAUUUUCUGUGCACAAAAACCGAGUCAAAAAUGGCCACAAGGUACGUCUCCUGUAAACCAAAAACCCUGUAUUCUGUCCUCCACUUUCUUCACAAACCCCAAUACCAACGUCUCCGGCCUUUCUCUUCGCACAAUCCACCAGUCUCAAUCCAACCAUUACCACACCUUGUCAACGAGAUCUCUCGAAUAGUCAGUGACCAUCGGAACCCUCAUGACGACUUAGAACUCUCCCUCGCCACAUUUUCAACUCAAAUGUCUACAAACUUGGUGGAGCAGGUCUUGAAGAGGUGCAAGAAUCUUGGGUUCUCUGCUCACCGGUUCUUUCUUUGGGCUAAAACAAUUCCGGGCUUUGAGCCUAAUUUUGAGAACUAUCAGAUCUUGGUUGAUAUCCUGGGAAGUAGUAAGCAGUUUGCUAUAUUAUGGGAUUUUCUUAUAGAAAUGAGAGAGGCUCGUUGUUGUGAGAUUAAUCCAAAAAUUUUCUGGGUUGUUUUUAAAGUUUAUAGUAGAGCUAAUCUUCCGGAAGAUGCGAUUCGAGCUUUCAAUAGAAUGGUUGAUUUUGAUAUCAAGCCGGGAGUUGAUGAUCUUGACCAGCUUUUGUAUGUGUUAUGCAAAAGGAAGCACGUGAGGCAGGCCCAACAAUUUUUUGAUAAAGUAAAGAGUGGGUUCGUGCUGAAUGCGAAAACUUAUACCAUUUUGAUGAGAGGAUGGGGGGAUAUCUGCGAGCCAAAUGAGGCGCGUAAGUUGUUCGAUGAAAUGCUCGAACGAGGAUGUAAGGUGGAUGUUUCAGCAUAUAAUAGUUUGUUGGAGGCUUUAUGCAAAGGUGGGCAUGUGGAUGAAGCGUGCAAGAUGUUUCGGGAGAUGGGGUCUCAAGGAAUUGACCCUGAUGCUUGUACUUACUCGGUUUUCAUCCGAGCGUAUUGUGUAGCUAAUGAUAUACAUUCGGCUUUUAGGGUUCUUGAUAGAAUGAAGAGAUAUAAUAUUUCACCUAAUGUUUAUACUUACAAUUGCAUUAUCAAGAAACUUUGUAAGAAUGAAAUGGUGGAUGAGGCUUACCAACUUUUAGAUGAAAUGAUUGAGAGGGGAGCUAGACCGGAUGGUUGGAGUUACAAUACCAUUCUAGCUUACCAUUGUGAUCACUGUGAGGUGAAUAUGGCUCUUAGGUUGAUUUCUAAGAUGGAGAAAUACAAUUGCAUGCCAGACCGGCAUACCUAUAACAUGACGCUCAAAUUACUAAUCAGGGUAGGAAGAUUUGAUAGGGCAACUGAAGUUUGGGAAAGUAUGGGGGAGAGAGGGUUUUAUCCUUCAGUUUCAACAUAUGCUGUCAUGGUUCAUGGCUUAUGCCAGAAGAAAGGUAAACUAGAGGAGGCAUGUAAGUAUAUUGAGAGGAUGAUUGAUGAAGGAAUACCACCGUAUACUUCUACCAUCGAUUUGUUGAGGAACCGUCUGUUGGGAUUAGGUUUCUUGGACCGUAUUGAGAUACUUGCAGAUAAAAUGGACCGUAGCACUUCCUGUUCAAUACAGGAGCAGGCAGGCAUGAUGAGAGGUAAUAAGGCUUGUAAGACCUCAAGAAUUGAAGAGACAGAUCUUGAAAGCGAGUAAAGAUUUAUGGGCCAUGAGCAUCUUGGAUUGUUUACAUGAAAGUGGUGAUAUCUUUUCUAGGAGUACUCUGUGGGUGAAGUCUCAGAGGUCAAUGAUUUUUUCUAGGAUAUCUAAUUGGAACUUUCAAGCAUGCAAAAUAAGUA